AUGACAGAUAAGGCCAGUGAUGUUGUAUUAGAUUGUGGGAAUGAAUUCCUUGCGCACUUUGGGGGCAAGGCGUUCUCUUCAUUUGAUGUCUUCAACAAAGUGCUACAGGGCUUCGAGCAGGCAAGUCUUGUUUGUCCGUGUUGCCUUACCAAGAUCACAAUUUUAGGCUACGGGCACACGAUAUUUAAUGAAGCGAUCCUGUCUAUUCAAUGAGGGUAGCUUAGGUCGCGAGUUUCUGGUCUAUCGUUACAUGCAUUUUAUGUGUGUCCGCCAUCCAAAUCCUGCACGCAUGCGAUGGCAACGGUUAGUUUUAUCAACGUAAUUUUAUACAAUAUACUGCCCUUUUAGGGUCGGGGGCACAAAAUGCUCGGCCUACUUUUCUGUGGGGACAAAGAGGCACAAGCUGAUUGUCCGCCACUACGAUAUGCAGCACAAUCAUGGUGCCUGUAUGGCCCUUCCGAUGGAGGAUACCCCCUCCUUGGAGCCACCGAUAGUGGAUGAGAAUCUUAAAGACGUUCUCGACGUCAGUGCUAUGAGUAGGCUGCACGCCAAAACUUGAUUUCAUCUUGCCCUUAGAUCAGAUGACGGUAAAAGACUGUACAGAGGAAUUUCUCAAAAUCUUUCAGAGUACUAGCUUUGACACAUUCAACGAACUACAGGCCAAAAUGGACGAAUUCCAGAUGGUAUCCCUGUUUUUGUCAUCCAAAAUAAAAUAACUGUUCAGGUGACUGGAAAUCGUUAUGUAAAGACCAACACUCGAAGAUUGCCUCCAGACUCCCCAAAUUGUGAAACCCUUGUCUACAGUCACUUGGUCUACAUAUGUUACCGCUAUGGGACCAAUGCUACCCUCUACAAAAGCCGAAAACCCCAACGGUAAUUUCAUAUGUUUCACUUUUACCUUCCUCAAACAGAACUGCAAAAAUUGGCUGCCGUUCGAAAAUUUAUUUCUACGUCCAUGAUAAUCGUCUCCACGUACGACGCUAUGACUUUCGACAUAAUCACGAAGUGGGACCAGACCUUGUUCAAUUCCCUCCAAAAAGACGCCGGUCCAAAAAGCAGAUGCAGCAGCUGGCACAGCAGCAACAUCAAUUGCAACUUCAACGACAACAGCAACUGCAGCAGCACUACCAGCAACAUUCUCAUCUGUCUCCAAUGCGUCCACUAGUAGCCAUGGACGAGGAUGGUGAGGAUCAGGGAGAAGAGGACGCCGAAGACGAGGUUGACGAGGAGGAAGAAGACGAGAGCGGUUUGCCGCUCCUUUCAAUGAUGUUCCAGCAGCCAGGUUGUGCAUCUCAUAUACAGCUUGAAAGUACGUCCUUAGUUUAAAAACUGACUCUGCCAUUAGUUCUGCAAAGUUGUCCUCUCAUGUUUGGCCGCGAACCAUGGGACGGCUGGUCUACGAUCUCACUAGGUCUCAGGUCAAACCCGUGUUAGGUCAUAAAGCGUAGCGCACAGUCACUACCAUCGCCCGCCGUCCAAGCUGAUGUCUGUGUCAAAUUUGUUUUGGUUCUUGACAUGUCUGUGCAUCACCUGGCUUCUAGGUUUUCAACGCUGUGGAGCCCGUAACGAACUAGAUCAGUCUGUUACUAGCUUGUUCAGGCAUGAGGUUGGCACUUAGGCGUGUUAUCUGUCUCAAGGUAAGAAUUCCCAAAGCCGAUUUGUGGAAAGACCCAUGCUGUAAAAAACUGCCCCCGGCGCCUUCGAAUUACCGUGCCGGCUGGACAUUCCUGGGCGUUGCCUUUCCCUGGCGUUGCGUUUGAUACAGUGGAAAAUUUAGACAAUUUUAGACUAAUAAUAGUGGAAGUGCAAUUAUCAGGUAAUAUGUCAAAAGAAAGGAGACGUCCACUCUAACUAACACAUUCGACCACCUACUUUCAACGACUGCAACUUCCUGCGCACAGAAACUGAGAUCGCACCGAUUAUCCAUAGGGGGAUUACUGUACAGCACAUUUAGUAACGUUGAUGUUUUUAAACACUUGGAACAAUUCGUUUAUCUGACUGGUUUCGAAAACUUUGCUAAUCUAAGAAAAAACUUCUGUAGCUGUCUGAUGUUUCCAUUUUCAAAUUUUUGAUAUAAUUUGCUUUCUUGUAACAAACAGGGAUUUCAAAGGCUUGACACCUAUGUUUCUCUCAAAUAAACUGAAACCGAAAUGAGUAGCUGGCCACACUUGCCUUGUGCCGGAUACGUAGAUCGUCAAUGCGGACUGCGGGCUCAAGGCGGAUCUCUGUUCUGUUGUGGUCCGUGCCGUCUGCGUUGUUGACCGCUGCGAUAUUGGAUGAUCUAAUGGUACCACGUUUCGACAGCCUCAUGCUCAGUUGAUUCACGAGGCCGGUUAUGAUUUGUGCAAGUUUCUGCGGUAACUGACUCGUCGGUCGCUUGACAUCUAAGCAUGUUGGAUUUGUCUUGAUGCGAGAUCGUCACCUCGGCCCCCUUGGGACCUCACGACAUCGGUUGUCAACCCCUACUCCGGGUUACGCCUCCAAACAUCUAACUACAUCGUCCACGGUCAGCGGGGACGGAUCUGCAACCACUGACAAUCUACGCGUCUGGCAUCAUGUGCACGCUGCUCACAUUUUGUAUAACGAGGAAUGUACACAGAAUUCCCCGGUCCUCAAAAAUGGGUCACCGAAUCCACUACUGGAAGUGUCAACACAUAAAAAUCCCUCCAGGUGGACGCCUCUCUUUCUUUUGGCAAUAUUGGGGCGUUGGACCCAUGUUGUCUGCUCUGUAAAAGUAUAGAUCUAUUGCCACUGUUUAGAAAGCAUUUUACUAAUUGUCUCCACAAUCAUUUUGCUGGUGUGAUAACCACAGUGUUGCAAAAAUUUAUGCACGUGGUUAGUCUACCGUCGCUGGUAUCAACCGAUGUUCUGUGCAUCAUCGCAAACCUCCAUUUGCAACAAAAGUGAUGUACACGCGCACACAGCUUAGUUAACACCGAAGAUGCCAGUAUGUCUGGCAACAAUUAAUAGAAGGCGGUUCCUUCCACUCACCCUGACUAUUGCGUUACCCGUGGAUAUCUCGAUCCCUGAUAUUUUCAAUACCACUUCACUAGGAACAGUUAGUUAUCGCAUGAGUCAGGAAGCCUAGUCGUAGUCGCGUUUUUUGUUCCCCAACUUCAUUUGUAACAUACUACUUCCUCCAAGUGCACCUAAGGUUGCGACGUCUUAAGGGUGGUUUUCCCUUUUUCCUUCGUACAGGUGACUUCCGUUCCAUGUUCCCACCCUACGAGACAAAUGACAGCAAGCCACCUCCGCCGCCUUUUGUUUCUGGAUCCCCUGGCUUCCUUAACCCCUGCCACAGUGUUCCAUCACAUCCUCCCACACUGGAUUUCCCCUUUCCCCCUGAUCCCAAUUGGGCGAUAAUGCGUCAUCGGCGCCAUCGAGCCCUUGAUUCUGUAUUUUCCCGCCUGUCCCCCCACUUCCAACGUCUCGGCGAGUUGGCCACUUGUUCGGGUUCCAUUAACUUGUCAAGUCGUCUACGAGAGCUCAAGGCACUCGGCGACAAGUGGGCACGGGAGAAUGAGUCCCUGAUGCGUCAGCGGAGUCUCAUGUGA